AUGAAGAAGGGAUGGGCUUCGAGAGUCUGGAAGCGUGCGGUCGGCUGUUGCACACGGGCAAGGAGAGGCUGGAAGAACUGGCGAUCUGAUCAGCGGAGGAGCAGACAGGGUGAAGAGUUCCCCCUUGAAGAAAUGGCUGAAAUGAUCGUCAAUGACCCGCCAACACCCGAACAGGUACAACGAGUAACCGGCAGACCGCCAGUAGUGGAAUGCCCGGAUUUUACAUAUCGGUAUGCAGUACGGGAUGUGAUGGCAGUACAUGGUCUAUCCGAAGGACUUGCUAUGAUCCACAUAGACGACUACAUAGCCAACGGACAGGACUGGAGGGAAGCGUGUCAGAUACACACCAGAAAUAUAUGGGUGUAA